UAUAGAUAUAGACUAUAGUAGGAAAAAAAGAAUAUCCAUUUGUGUUCAUGGGUGUGGGAUUUCGUCGUUGAAGAAGACAAUUAAUUAUGCAGCUGUUGAAUGCAGUGGAAAUAGCAAGAAUGGCUAUGAGAUCACCAGAUUCUUUAGGUGCAGAAAUAGCAUUUGGGACUGUUACAUGGUUUGUGUAUGCUGGGAUCUCAUGUUUCUUGGUACUUUUUGCCGGAAUUAUGUCCGGUUUAACAUUGGGUCUCAUGUCUUUGGGUCUUGUUGAGCUUGAGAUCCUUCAACGUAGUGGAACCCCUCUUGAAAAAAAACAAGCAGCUACAAUAUUUCCUGUUGUUCAGAAGCAACACCAGCUUCUUGUGACCCUACUUCUAUGUAAUGCUGCUUCGAUGGAGGCACUACCUAUAUACCUGGACAAAAUUUUCAACCAAUAUGUGGCCAUUAUACUAUCAGUAACUUUUGUUUUAGCAUUUGGAGAGGUUAUUCCUCAAGCCAUAUGCACCAGAUAUGGACUUGCAGUAGGUGCGAGCCUUGUCUGGCUUGUUCGUAUUUUGAUGGUUCUAUGCUACCCAAUUGCUUACCCCAUAGGAAAGAUCCUGGACUGUGUGUUGGGACACAAUGAAGUACUAUUCAGACGUGCUCAGCUGAAAGCCCUUGUUUCUAUUCAUGGCCAAGAGGCUGGCAAGGGAGGUGAACUUACACAUGACGAGACUACAAUUAUUAGUGGAGCACUGGAUUUGACUGAGAAGACUGCUGAGGAGGCAAUGACGCCCAUUGAGUCAACAUUUUCAUUGGAUGUCAAUUCAAAGCUGGACUGGGAGGCAAUGGGAAAAGUUCUUGCUAGGGGUCAUAGCAGAGUUCCUGUGUACUCUGGCAAUCCAAAGAAUAUUAUUGGUCUUCUUCUGGUAAAAAGUCUUCUGACAGUGCGGCCGGAAACAGAGACACCAGUUAGCUCUGUUUCAAUUCGAAGAAUUCCACGAGUUCCUGCUGAUAUGCCAUUGUAUGACAUACUAAAUGAGUUCCAAAAGGGCAGCAGUCAUAUGGCUGCUGUAGUGAAGAUUAAAGGAAAAAGCAAAAAACCUCCCUUGGUCAUUGAGGAAGAGAAUUCACAGGAUGUUGCAGUCACUGGUGGAAGUUCUAUUUUAACUACAUCUCGCUUGAAAACAAAGAAUGAUAAGUCAGAUAGCGUUGUCGUUGAUAUGGAAAAAGUUACAGUACCAGCAGCAGUAACCUCACCAACAUCUGGUGACACAGUGACAAAUGCAUUGACUCAGUCAUCAGAUGAUAUUGAGGAUGGUGAAGUAAUAGGUAUUAUCACAUUGGAAGAUGUAUUCGAAGAACUUUUACAGGAGGAAAUAGUAGACGAGACCGAUGAGUAUGUCGAUGUACAUAGAAGGAUACGUGUGGCUGCUGCUGCAGCUGCUUCAGUAGUGGCACGAGCUCCAUCAAUUCGUAGAUUAACAGCCCAAAAGGCAGCUGGAGGCCAAAAUAAGGAAGGACAGAGCCCCAGGAAGUCCAGUGAGGACCUUUCUGCCUCAAGAAGAAUACUAGGGAGUCUUAGAGAGCCUCUUCUUGAGAACAAGAGAUAAGUAGUAUGCUGAAGCUUCUGUCUCAGUAAUGUGUUAAACCAGAGUCUGCAUACGCCGAGGAAAGAAAAAAAAUGCUUGUGCAAUCUGCACAUAUAAUUUUGUGAGGAUAUACUUAUUUAUAUGAACACAUGCCCACUGCUGGUGAAAUUCUGAAGCUGGUUUCAUGUUCCCUACUUAAAAUAUAAAGAAAAUGGAACAAACUGAAAUACUGCAAUAAGUUGGAAUAUUGGAUUGAACCAAUGCUUAGUGAAAUGGUUUGUAAAAACUUUGCCACACUUAAUAUCUACACUAAACACAGUAGUUAGUUUACCAUCAUUAUGUGAUAAUACUGACGUGAGAAUGUGUAUUCACUUAACCAUGGUUAAGUGAUAACAAUGCAUAUAAAACACGUCAUGUAUUCAUUGGAUUGAUGUAAACACGAGAUGUGAGUAAAGACCCUUUGAACUGUGCUUGA